AUGGAUCGUAUUCCUGAGCCUACUCUUCAAGUUUCAUCAGCAGAAGAGGAUCACUUUACAGAUGAAGAUUUUGCUGAGGAUGAGCCUGACUAUCAGGAGGAGUCAGAUGAUGAGCUGCCACUGCCACCAGGAGAUGAACUGGAUGAUAAUGAACUUCCUCCAAGGAAGAGAAGACCACAAGUUUGUCAUAAAGACUAUGUUCCACUAUCAAUCAAAUUAGCUAGUAUUGUAUAG